UCAAGUAUAGUAUGCCAAAGAUUAAGGAAAACAGAGCCUAGUUCGAACAAUGGAAGCAAUGAAAACUUGUGGGCAAUAUUGAGCUUUGACGGGAAAAUGGUCUAUGAAAGCAUUAUUGAAGCCACGGAGGAGUUUGAUGCCAAAUAUUGCGUCGGUGUGGGAGGACAUGGGAGUGUUUACAAGGCCCAAUUGCGAACAGGUGAGACUGUUGCAGUCAAUAAAUUUAAGGAAGCAGUGGAAGUCGAAAUCGCUAGUCAAAAAGCAUUUGAAAGGGAGAUUCAUACUCUAAUUAGAGCUCGGCAUCGGAAUAUUAUCAAGCUCUAUGGCUUUUGCUCGAGUUCUCGACAUUCGUUUUUGGUUUACGAGUUCUUGGAAUUAGGGAGCUUGAAGGAUAUAUUGAACGGUGAAGAGAGGAUAACAACAUUUGACUGGAAAAAGAGACUGAAUGUUAUUAAAGGUGUGGCUUAUGCUUUGUCCUACAUGCACCAUGAAUGCUCUCCUCCUAUAGUUCAUCGAGACUUGUCAAGCAAGAACAUUUUAAUGGAUGAAGAAUAUGAAGCUCACGUCUCUGAUUUUGGCACAGCUAAGGUUCUGCGACCUUACUCAUCUAAUUGGACUUCCUUUGCAGGCACCUUUGGAUAUGUAGCUCCAGAGCUCGCAUACACAAUGGAGGUGAAGGAGAAAUGUGAUGUUUAUAGCUUCGGAGUGGUGAUAUUAGAAGUAAUCAUGGGUAGACAUCCAGGCAAUCUCAUAUCAUCUCUUGCAUCCUCAGCUUCUUCAUCAUCAAGCAAUUCAACAGCUUCAUGUUGGCACCUAAAACAAGCUCUAGAUCAAAGAAUUCCAUACCCACACGGUGACACGCUAGGUGAAGUGGCUUUCAUCGUAAAGAUGGCACUUACAUGCUUGAGUGCAAAACCGGAGCAUCGUCCAAGCAUGCAACAAGUGUCACAAGAGAUAUCAGCACAUAGGUCGAUCGUGAUAGGCGCGUCGGGAGACAUAAAAUUGGAAGAGCUAGUUGAUCCCGGAUGCUUCCCUUAUUAA